UAAUGUUCGGAUUAAGAUUGUCUGAUAAUAUUGCUGUUUUUUAGAAAGAUUUAUAAAAUGAAAUCAUAGACAUAAAGGGAAGAGAAGUCAUAACUUAUAAGGAUUUUAUUAUUGUGGCAUGUUUGGAUAAGACAGUCAAAGUUUAUAAAAACCUUUAAUUGACUUACACUCUAAAGCUUCUCAAAAAGGUUAAGAGAAUCACUGUUAAUGAAAGCAAUGAUACUGUUUAUGUUUGUGAUAAACAUGGAGACAUGUGGUAAUUUCAAUUAGGAUAGGAAGGAAUAUAAUCAAUUACGAAAGAGUAAACACCAAUUUAAACUAAUCUUGCCAUUCCUAAAUGCUUUAAAUAUUUAGAAAUUAAUGAUCAAAAAGUUAUCAUUUUAGGAGAUUCCUAUUGUAAAAUUAAAGUUUACAAUGCUAAUAAUAUUGAUGAAUUACUAUGGGUUUGGGUUCCAUUUGAAGGAUUUUUAAAGCAAAUAAUAUAAGAUGGUGAAUAUAUUGUUAUGCUUUUUAAAAGAUUUGAUGAACAUGUAAGUAAAAAAUUAAUUCUUUCAUUAGGAAAAUUAAUAUUAUGAAGUUUAUUAAAUAAAAUAGAAAGAAUUAUUAAAUGAACAACCAUAUUUUGAAAAAAUAUUUGGGGAUUAAGAGAUAAGCAAAUAAGCCAUUAAAGCUCAUUUGAUAAGUCGAUAAUUAUUUGCAUUCUAAUUAAAUUAUAAUAAAAUUUAGAUUUUUAGAAUAGAUUAAAACAAACAAGUCACACUAUUUUAAGAAAAACUUGGUUCAUUAAUUGAUAUUUAAUUCUUAAAGCAUAGCAAUAAACAUUAUUUAUCUAUAAAGAGUAAUCAAGAAACCUAAGAAAAUAGUAUAGCUAUAUUAGAUCAUCAGGUACAUUUUAUAGAAGAGGAAAUAAUUUGA